AUGCUGACCUUGAAGGAUCAUUUCUCUGCUGUCGAUGGGAAUCUAGCGGAUCAGACCAGUCGGGAUAGCACUGUCAAUUGUCAUUCUCCGCCCGGAUCGAUGAAUGAAAGUUGGUCGUCCAGUUUGAUGACAACUGAAUCUAUUGCCAGUGAUGAACAACUGACCGAACGAGCUAAACAUCUCAAACUGUACAGUUUUCCACAUUUGCUUCAGACCACCAAAUCAUCGAUUGAGAAAGAGGCAGACAAACUGGCUAGUCGAAUCAGGCAGUUGAGUGGUCGACGCAAUUUCGCCAGAUUAGAACGUGAACGUGUUCGUGUCAAGCGGGAAAUUCUCGAGGACUCAUUAACAAGUAGAAGAAUCAAGGACCUUGUAGAGAAACGGGUACGAGAGCAGAAAGACACUCAAUCAGCCGAUCACAUUGGCAUAUCGGUUGAGAAAUCUGACGCUCCUGUGACCGAAUCGACUUCCACCGCAAUAACUCCGAAAAGUUCAGUUAUGGUUGAGGACGCUGGUGGAUGUGGUGAGUAUCAAGAGGAAUUAAGCAUGAGUAAUUCCUCGACUGAUGAUGAAGAUAGCGAAUCAUCCGAGUAA